AUGGAGAGUAUUAUGCUAGCCUUAUUUUGGGCUCUCGCGGCCAUCGUGGUCCGCUACCUCAUCACCCAGCCCCAUCAUGUCCGGGCCCUCCUCAACAUUUACGGCUUUUUUUGCUUCGUCCAGAGCGUCAUCUAUUACAGCGACGCAGCGGACAUCGAGAUGUCCUCCUCCGCUGUGGUCGUGUUCACCUUUAUCCUCUUCUUCGCUACCGUCACCCACUCUCCCCUUUCCUGGCUCUCCCUCAUCCUCUACGCCGACCCAUCCAAACUCCCCGUCAGCGAGAUCCCGAGGCCCAUCUCGGAGUGGUUCAGUAGACCUCGCCAGUUGAUCCCGCCCGACAGCCGCUCCCAAGCGCCAGAUGCAAUCAACUCUGAGGCGAACAAGAGUCAAUGUAUCAAGAUCCUCCAGGAACAACUGAAUGACGCCAAGUCUAUAAUCAAGACGUAUAUGCGAUACGUAACCAUGUACGAGGAGUCCCAGAAUAAGGUUCGCGAGUUGGAGAACGAGGCCGAGGCCCUCAAGGCGGACGUCAAGGCACGCGAAGAGGACGCUGUCUAUGCCAGGGCGGAGCGGGACCUCUUCAAGAAAGCGAGCGCCAGCGACAAGGCACGGGCCGACAAGUGCGACACGAUCAUCCUGGGGCUCAUGGAGAAGCGCGACCAACGCAUCCACAGCAGGGUGUGCCGCUGGUGCAAGCCCAAGAUCAACCGCCUCAUGCGCGACAUCAAGGACAUGGGAAAGAAGCUCGGCGACGCCGCGGGAGCGCACAACGACCUCGUCGAAUCCAGCGCGGAAGCGGAGAGGACCAAGGACAAGAUCAUUGACGAGAUGGACAAGAUCAUUGCGGACAAGGAUAAGGUCAUCGCGGAAAAGGACACGAUCAUCGCGGACAAGGACACGAUCAUCGCGGACAAGGACAAGAUCAUCUCCGCCAGGGGCAAGGAGGCCCUGGCCCAGACCGCGUCGGCCGACCUGGGCGAUUCCUCCCAGGCGAGCCUCUUUGCCCACAUCGGCGCCGUGGACCUGAAGCUCCGGGACAAGGACUCUGAAAUCGCCCGCCUGAACGGCUACAUCGACGCCCGCCGGUUCUGCUGCUGUGGUGGCUGCGGUGGCGCCUCGCCUGGCGGGCCGAAUGACGAUGGCGGCGACGGCGGGAACACCAACGGCGGACCCCCCCAAGGAGGAGAUGCGCAGCCCCCUACCGCGGCCAACGAGCCGAGCGGCGCGCCUCCUUGCCCCGUUGGUGAACCUUCGACCCCUCCUCCUACCACCGGUGCGCCUUCGUGUGGCGAUGAUGCUGCUGCUGGUCCGGUUCCCAACUUGCCGACCACGCCUGUCUCCUCUCCGCUGUCGUCUGUCCCCGCGUCCCCGGCUUCCGUCCCUGAGGCUCUGGUUCCUCUCCCUGCGUCCCCGGUUCUCGUUCCUGAGUCUCCGGCUCCCAUCCCUGCGACUUUGGUCCCUCUACCUACAUCUCCGACUUCCGUCCCCGCCUCUCCGGUGCCCGUCCCUGAGGCUCUGGUUCCUCUCCCUGUGUCCCCGGUUCCCGUCCCUACAUCUCCGGCUCCCCUCCCUGAGGCUCUGGUUCCUCUGCCCACGUCUCCGGUUGCCUCACCUGCGCCUUUGGUCUUCGCCCCUGCGGCUGCGGGCUUUGGCCCCCCAUCUUCGACCUUUGUCCCUGCGCCUUCGGCGAACGGCACCUCUGGCCUGCAACCUCCGAGCCAUGGAACCUAG